UAAUAAUUCUGAGUUAUUUUUAAGUAAAUUGAUACAAGAAUUUAACUUAGAUUCAAUUAACAUUUUACAUAUAUUACAUCAAGCAGAAAAAUUAUUUUUAAAAGUAUUGGAUGUAGAAGAUAGUAUAGAUAUUCUUAUUGAUAAAUUAAUUGUACUUUUAAUCAAAACACAUGAUGAGGGAAAUGAUUUUAAUGAAACAAAACAUUUCAUCAAUCAAUGUAUAUUUCAUUCAAACAAAAAUUCAAAUGAUAUUUUUGAAUGGCUUAAAGAAAAUCAAGUAGAACCAAAACAUGUCUUUCUCUUGGGAUUUUUCUAUUUUAAUAAUAUCAAUUUUGAAAAAAAUGAAUAUGAAGCAUUUCAACUGUUUUUAUAUGCAUCAACAAAUGAUUAUAGUAUUGCACAAGUUUAUCUUGCAAAAUGUUAUGAGAAUGGAUGUGGAAUUGAAAUAAAUUAUGAUUUAGCAUUUCAUUGGAUACAAAAAGCUGUAAGAAAUAAAAAUAUCUUUGGAAAACUUAAUCUUGGUAUUUAUUAUGAAAAAAGUAUAGGAACUGAAAAAGAUUUGAAUAUAGCUUUUUAUUUAUAUCAAGAAGUUGCAAAUAAUAAAAAUUUAAGUGGAUUAUUUAAUCUGGGUAGAUGUUAUGAAUUGGAAUCAAAAAAAUAUUUAGAAAUAACUUUUCAUUGGUAUCAAAAAGCAGCAGAGAAUGGAUAUAUUAAAGCACAAAACAACUUGGCAGCAUUAUUUGAAAAAGCAUCUGGGAAAAAUGAUAUUGAUAUACAAAGUAUUUUCAAAUCAUAUGAAAAUGGUCAAUUAAUAAAUGAUAUAGAUAAGGUUAAUUACUGGUAUCAUAAGAUUGCCAAUAAUAGCAAUAAAGAAGCAUUAUAUAAUUUGGGAAAUAAUCAUACAAAAAUAUAUCGAUUAGUACAUUUUGUUUUUCCUAAUUCAGAUGUUGAAGAAAAAUUUGAUAAAAAUUUGACCGUACAGGGCAUGAAGAGGUUUUUACGCAUGCCAAAUUUUCUGUGUUUUUCAUUCAGAAAGAGAACUAAAAGUCAACCUAAUUAG